UGAUAUGCAGGUCAAAGGCGGUUAGUACGUCCCCGUUUCUGAAUUAAAGUGUGUGUCUGCAUGUGCGUCGAACCGACAUGGACUUCAACUCGACACGAUUUGGGCGCGACGCGCGCAGCCACGGCGCCCUGGAGCGUCUACUUUUCGGGAAUCACUCGUUGUAUUCCAACAGCACCCCGGGCAUUGACCCGGAGGACUUGGAAGUGAACACGGACGUUUACUCCAAGGUGAUCGUCACCAUUAUCUACCUGCUUCUGUUCGCCGUGGGCUCGCUGGGCAACUCCAUCACCUUGUACGCCCUCCUGAGCAAAAAGAGUCUGCAGAAUCUGCAGAGCACCGUCCACUACCACCUGGCCAGCCUGGCCGUGUCGGACCUGCUCAUCCUGGUCCUCUCCAUGCCCAUCGAGCUGUACAACUUCAUCUGGUUCCACCACCCGUGGGUGUUCGGGGACGCGGUGUGCCGCGGCUACUACUUCCUCCGGGACAGUUGCUCGUACGCCACCGCUUUCAACAUCGCCUCCCUGAGCGUGGAGCGCUACAUGGCCAUCUGCCAUCCGUUCAAAGCCAAGAGCAUCAUGUCCCGUAGCCGCACCAAGAAGCUGAUCAGCGGCAUGUGGCUCGCUUCCUUCACGCUGGCCACGCCGAUGCUCUUCAUCAUGGGCCAGGAGGCGCGUCAGGGCGAGACCAUCUGCACCGCCACCGUGGCCCCCGUCACCAUGAAGACGGUUCUCCAGGUGAAUGCCUUCUUGUCCUUUGUGGUACCCAUGGUGGCCAUUUCCGUACUGAACGGGGUCAUCGCCAAUCAGCUGUUACGAAUGUUCCAUGAGGCGGAGCAAGACAACCGUGUUUGCAUCAUCGGCGGGAAUCCCACCAUGCUCAAUGUCUCAGUGGAGCCCAAUCGUGCUCAGUCACUUCGCCAUGGAGUCCUCGUUCUUCGAGCAGUGGUCAUGGCCUUUGUGCUCUGCUGGCUGCCUUAUCACGCCCGCCGCCUGAUGUUCUGCUACGUCUCUGACUGGUCCGAUAAGUUAUACGACUUCUACCACUACUUCUACAUGCUGACCAACGUCCUCUUCUACGUCAGCUCGGCCAUCAACCCCAUCCUCUACAACUUGGUGUCGGCCCCCUUCCGCCAGAUCUUCUUCUCCACCCUCCGCCACUUCUGCAUGCCCUGCCGUCACUCCCCAAGAAGGCUCCCUGGCCCCCUGACCCGCCACUCACUCAGCAUCUCCAGCAACCACACACUCUCCACAAACAUCAUCAGAGAGACAGCCUACUGAUUUCAUUGGAACAUAUCGCAGUAACACCACCACCUUUUGCCCUUUUGUGAUAACUAGUCAUCUCUGUGAUUGAUUUGGAGAUAAUCCACAACUUGGACUCUCAUUGCGAACAGUUGUGAAAUAAACAUCUGAUCGCUCUAGUGUGUUGUUUACAACUCUGAACAGGAACAUUAGCACAACCACGAUACCCUGACCGAUCCAACACUAAAAUUGGUGAUCAAGGAGUUCCAAUGACAAAGGCGCUCUUAUCUUCAAUUGUCCGUGCAGCAUCUACACGAUGUACAUUUUCACAUCAUUUUACACAUUAUCAGAGGUCUGGAGUCAAGUUACUCAAAUCGGGCUCGAGUGACAAGACAACCUGACUUGGAGUUGA